CGUCUCCAAGCGCCUUAGCCUUCUCAAUGUGUGACCCAUGCUGACAUCCACACCCUCCUUCGCAGCCAUUCUGCAAUCCGCUCACUAUGCUUGCUUCGUGACAAUCGUUUGAUCUACUUACCUCAUCCUCACACCUCGCCUGCGAAGCCGUUGGAUACUUCGCAUGGUCGCGCCAUCUCCACGCCCGUUCGCUUCUCUGUAUUCGCGAUGCGCGGUUUACCAUUCUCGCUCCUGUCGCUUGCGGCUGCCGUACUGUUACCACUUGUAAACGCAAGCUCAAGCAUACGGAACCCAGUGAGGACGGUUUUGACGGUACAAAAUGCUACUAUCCAUACAUACAACCACCGGGUAACGGCCCUGUCGGAGUUCGAUCUUACUUUCAAUCUUCGGGACGAUCUGUAUAUCAAGCUGCGACUGGAGCCAAAUCAUGACAUACUGGCGGAUGAUGCGACGAUAACAUAUCUGAGCCCGGAUGGGACAGUGGCACGAACAGAAGGCGUGAAUCGAUUGGAGCAUAAGGUAUUUAAAGGGACAGCAUGGAUUCAGCGACCAAGGACAGGACAGGUACGGUAUGAGCAAGUGGGAUGGGGACGGGUAUCUGUCGUUAGAGAUGGGGAGGAACCACACUUUGAGGGUGCAUUUUCGGUGAACCACGACCACCACCAUAUACAGAGCUCAGACAACUACUUGCGGACAAGGCACCCUCUCGAUCCGGAGAUCGACAAGGUUGGCUAUGAAUAUAUGGUCUCAUGGCGAGACUCGGAUAUCGUCCCGUCAAGUGCAGAACUACAGCAUCAGGAGCUACGAAGGAGUGGUACGGAGGAUGUACCGCAGUGUCAGGCCGAUACGCUGAGCUUUAACUUGCAGCCGGACCACCCUGUUUUUCUUGGAAUGACGAAGCGAGAUGCAUUCUUUGACGACUAUGCAUCUCUGUUCUCCAAACGCCAAAUUGAUGGUACCACUGGAGGCAACUCUGCUGGCGUAAAUCUCAUCAGCACAAUUGGAAACACCGCUGGCUGCCCAACGACGCGGAAGGUCGCUCUCGUAGGCGUGGCAACGGAUUGCACCUACACCGCCUCUUUCAACUCCACGGAAAGUGUUCGUCAAAACAUCAUCUCACAGAUCAGCACAGCCUCCGCUUUAUAUGAGAACACCUUCAACAUCUCUCUUGGACUGCAAAAUCUUACCAUUUCCGAUGCUUCUUGUCCGGGCACCCCUGCCCAAGCGACCUUAUGGAACCAGGCAUGUAGCGACAGCGUCGACAUUCAAGACCGUCUGAACGACUUCUCCAGCUGGCGUGGUACUCAGCGUGACAACAACAGCCAUUGGACACUACUGAGUACCUGCAACACCGGCUCCGCAGUCGGUCUCGCUUGGCUGGGUCAGGCUUGUGUUAAUCAGGCUACGACGGCAAACGCUAGCACAACCGGCAACGGCCAGUCGACAGGCAGCGGAUCGGAGACAGUAUCUGGCGCAAACGUUGUGGUCCGCACUCAGGGUGCCAGCGAGUGGCAAAUCAUCGCACAUGAGACCGGCCACACCUUCGGCGCUGUCCAUGACUGCACGUCACAGACUUGCGCGAACGCCAAUACCGUCAAUUCCCAACAGUGCUGCCCGUUGAGCUCGAGCAACUGCGAUGCCGGCCAGCAGUACAUCAUGAACCCUUCUACCUCGCAAGGUAUCACUCACUUCAGCCCUUGCUCGAUCGGAAACAUUUGCAGCGCUAUGGGUCGCAAUUCCGUGAAGAGCUCCUGCUUGACGGACAACAAGCAGGUCACCACGAUCAGCGGUCAGCAGUGCGGAAACGGCAUUGUCGAGCCCGGCGAGCAAUGCGACUGUGGUGGGCCUGCAGGGUGUGGCAACAACAAUUGCUGCGACCCAACAACCUGCAAGUUUAAAACAGGGGCCACUUGCGACGACUCGAACGAAGACUGCUGCCGCAACUGCCAGCUUGCCACCAACGGCACGGUCUGCCGUGCAAGUACCGGCGCAUGUGAUCCACAGGAAGUUUGCUCAGGCACCUCUCCAAUGUGUCCAGCGAACGUCAACGCCCCAGAUGGACAAAGCUGUGGGCAUAACCUGCAAUGCGCGAGUGGCCAAUGCACAAGCCGUGACCAGCAGUGCAAGACGGUCAUGGGUACUUACACGCAGGGCAACGACACGUACGCUUGCGAUAGCUCGGGCUGCGUCAUCAGCUGUGCGAGUCCCGAAUUCGGCAUGGGUGUCUGCUAUGGCCUGCAGCAGAAUUUCCUCGAUGGUACGGUUUGUGGUGGCGGCGGACAUUGUUCCAACGGCCAAUGCAAAGGUUCAUCAGUUGGCGGCCAAGUCAAGUCAUGGAUCGAUGACCACAAGGCAAUUGUCAUCGGUGUUUGCGCUGGUAUUGGUGCGCUCCUUCUCUUCUCGGUACUUGGUUGUCUAGUCCGCUGCUGUCGCCGCGCUGGUCGGCGAUCGAGAAAGCCUACGCCGUCGCCGCAAAUGCCUCCGCAAGGAGGCUGGCCGGGCUGGCAACAGCCGCAGACGGCGCAGAACUAUUACCACCCGCAGCAAGCGAGCCCACAGCAAGGAUAUUGGGGUGGCGCACCGCCUCCGCCUCCUCCGCCUACAUAUGGGCCGAGGGGCGGGAGUGUAAGGUACGCUUAGGUGGCUCACGGCGGCGUUUGGGGGUUUGAUACUUUCCAGCGUUCAUGACGUUAAUGUGUGACGAGAGCAUUGGGUCGGCGUCUGGGCCAUAUCGGCUGUGCUAGAUAUCUGGUGAUUGUCCAGCGUCCUAGCAUUCGGGGUCGAUGGCGUGAAUACACGGCGUUGCACUCGUGCAACGGGGGUCAGGAUAGCGAUGCCCAACUAUAUUUCAGCGUUUGUCUGCAUCCCAACCUUUCCUCCGCAUGGUUAUUGGAAACUCGUUCCCACGAACAAUCUGCAUGCCCAACUCUCGCUCGUACAACUUCGCCAGGUCAGGACUGUUUGUAAGUAGUAGUGCUGUCCGCAACACAGGAUGAGCCUGCAUGGUCUGCUUAAUGCAGCCAAGUAACCACUUGAAGAGUCCAUGGC